GAACGCGAAGACGAGACUCGAAAAGGAAACGGACGACGGUGGCCGAUAGUGGUCUAGUCUCACAGUCCUGCGCUGCGCGCUCUCAGAAGGAUGCGCCUGCGCAUUGUGCUGGUCUCCAUGGCAGGGCCUCGGAGCCAAGACGAGAAAAAAAAUGCUGCUGUGAAGAUGUAAUUAUAGCUCUCACACAGAUGAAGCCACAAUACCAUGAUUUAGUGCUCCCAAAAGGAGGAACUUCAGUGGACAAGAGAGGGCGUUUCUGAGAAUAGUAGAAUGCUUGAGGCCUGAAUUUAAACUUGAACUACUAUCUGAAGCUACUAAAUAAAAGAAGAAAAUGGAAUUGAAUAUACCAGCAUGGAACAGGCUAAUGAUUCACUAAGAGUCAACCGUAAUGAUUCCGAAGAAUCAAAAACAGCUUCUCAUGUAUAUGAGCAUCUAACCUGUAUGGACUCCAGGGAUCCUUCCUUUGGACAGAAUGAUUCUCCUAGAGAUUUACCCAUCACUUCUCAUGAAGCAGAUAAUUCACUCACAUCACAGAAUAUACCAGGGGCCCUGACUCAGACACAGACUCUUUCUGCAGAACAGUUCCAUCUAGUGGACCAAAAUGGGCAACCUAUACAAUAUGAACUCCAGUCAUUGGGGGAUUCUAAUGCACAAAUGAUGAUUGUUGCUAAUCCAUCAGAAAAUGGAGAGGUGCUCCGUGUAAUUCCAUCUACCCAGACAGGAAUGGCACAAGUGAUUAUACCUCAGGGGCAGCUUGCGGAUGUGAAUAGUACUCGCGAUGUCUCUGAAGAGAAAUCCAGUGAUAGAAGUUUACCAACUGUAAGAGUAGAUGUUCUAGCAGACAGUACCAGUAAUUACACUCUUCAUUCACAAGCAUCCGUCACAUUGCCCAAAAAGACAGUGGCGAGAAUGCUUGAAGAACCCUUUCUGGCUCCUCUCCAGCCACUUUCUUCUAACACACCUAUGUGGGCCUGCCGUCUUAGGAGCUGUGAGAAAAUUGGAGAUUCAUACCGUGGCUAUUGUGUAAGUGAGACUGAAUUAGAAAGUGUCCUAACAUUUCAUAAGCAGCAAACACAGAGUGUUUGGGGGACCCGCCAAUCUCCAAGCCCAGCAAAGCCAGCUACACGCUUGAUGUGGAAAUCUCAGUAUGUCCCAUAUGAUGGAAUUCCAUUUGUCAAUGCAGGGAGUAGAGCCGUGGUAAUGGAGUGUCAGUAUGGGCCAAGGAGAAAAGGUUUCCAGUUAAAAAAAAUCAGUGAACAAGAGAGCAGGUCUUGUCAGCUCUACAAAGCCACUUGUCCAGCCCGGAUUUAUAUUAAAAAGGUACAGAAGUUUCCUGAAUAUGGAGUUCCUACAGACCCCAAAAUUGACAAGAAAAUAAUCCGAAUGGAGCAGGAAAAAGCUUUUAACAUGCUAAAGAAGAACUUGGUAGAUGCUGGUGGUGUUCUUAGGUGGUAUGUACAGUUACCAACAAAGCAAGCUCAUCAGUAUCACGAAUUAGAGACUUCCUGCCUCCCUUUGCCACCUUCCCCUUUUCCUAUGUCUUCUCUUGAAGAAGAGGAAACUACAAUUAGGGAUGAGAAUUGUGCAUUACCCUCACGUCUGCAUCCUCAAGUAGCACAUAAGAUUCAAGAAUUAGUGUCACAGGGAAUAGAACAAGUAUAUGCAGUAAGGAAACAGCUAAGAAAAUUUGUAGAAAGAGAACUAUUUAAACCUGAUGAGGUACCUGAAAGACAUAAUUUAUCCUUUUUUCCAACUGUAAAUGAUAUUAAAAAUCACAUCCAUGAGGUACAGAAAUCCUUGAGAAAUGGAGAUAAUGAGUAUAACUCAGAGAUUAUUCCAGCAACGCUUCAGUGGACUACAGAUAAUGGGCAUAUUCUCAGAGAGACUGUUACAGUUACAUUUGCAGAAGGAAAUUCACUAGGAGAAUCAAUAAAUACCAAAGUGGAAACAAAUCAGACAAGAGGUUCUUUGUCUCCAGAGCCAGCCCACUUGCUUUCUUCACUUUCCACAUUUCAGCCAAAAAUAUUUACGCAACUACAGGGUUUGCAGUUGCAACCAAGAUUCACUUCUGAUGGAUCACCGGCUCUGCUAUCAGUAAAUAACCACCCUUCCUCCAGUCCUUCAAGACUUCUGGAUUCAUUAGAAAGUACUGUAAUGAAUAAUAAUUCUCUACUUCUUGGUCAAAGUCAUAGUCUUCAAACAGAUACUUGCCUAACCCCAAACAAUAGCAUUAUUGCCUCUACCAUGGGUAACCUUCCAGGACCAGAUCAAAAUCUAGCUGCAAUGGACCAGCUGGUGGAAGUUGGAGAUGUUGAGGAUACAGAGAAUAUGGAAGGAAGUGUUCAUCGGAUUCUGCUAGGAAAUGUGCAGACCAUCCCAAUACAGAUUAUAGAUAGCCACCCAGCUAUUAUUGAAGAAAAUCCAGAAGGUACCAUUUCUGUGAACCAAGUUAAGCAAGAACCCAAAGAACCUCCAUUGUCUAUGGAAACAAAAAAAAAUUUGGACUGUAAGAAAUUAUCUGCCACAUAAAUUAUUGAAGCUUUUCAGAAUUUACAACUUGGGUGACUUCUGAUGUCAUAAAAAAGAAGGUGAAUAUUGUCAAAGCGCAGCAUUGUGAUAAAUGGACUGAAGACUAGUUCAAUGAGCAACUUUGAUUUAAAACCGAUGUUUGUUGCCAAGUCCAUAUUUUUGGAAGCUAUUUUACUCCUCUCAUUUUGUAUAAUUCUUAUGCUUUUUGAUUACUGAUAAGGCCAGUAUUUCAAAAGAUCAUUUGAAUUUAUCCAUGACAAUAUAGUCUGAACACAAAUAGUUACCUAACUCAUACCUUGGAAAUACCCAGUUUGAGGUCUGAAUAGACAAAAACAACAACAAAAAGGUGUGUGUGUGUGUGUGUGUGUGUGUGACUGUGUAUAUGUAUGUUGACUUUUUAAAAAGUUACAAAAGAACUUUUUUCCUCUUUAAAGUUGUGACGAAAUUCUUUACGUUAGCAGACAGGUGAGAGAUUAUUUGUAGUCUGUCUAAUAGGAAGGAUAAAACAAUAGUAGAUUUUAAUCAUAACACGAAGCGCAGCAUUCACAUCUGUGGAAACUGUAGUUGCAUUUUGGCUUCUUCCAUUAUAAUUUUUAUACUUAACACUACAAACCUGUAACAUAAUAAUGGUCAUCUAGUAGAAAUUUAAAGUGUCUUGGUAAGUACUCAGAAUUUUAACUUGAAUUAAUCAGAUAAGCAACAGAAAUAAAUGUAUAUUGCAUGGAUUUAUAUACUAAUGUAAGGAAAGCACUACUUGUGGAUAGAAACAUGUAGAAAUUAAGAGAAUUCAGAAAGAAUAAUAGACUUCCCCUGGUGUUUACAGAUGAUUUGGGGGAACUUUUUGAUAUCAGGAGAGGAUUUUUUUUUCCUAUUUUGUAUCGAAGAUUCAGCUCUGGUUGGAAAAGAAUUUGAGUUGUGUUUAUUUUUCUAUGCCAGAGUUCUUACUGAAUUGGUGGUAUUAGAAUUUAUAAUAUUUCAAGGUAAGUAUUUGUAGUUAAAAUUUAGUUCAUAUUUAAAACAACUGAUGUGUAUGUAUAUUUGCUUGUUGAGUAACUAUAUUUACUUGAAAUGCUGAAUAAGUCCUAAUCACUAUAUUCAUUGUAAGCUUCUGUUUUCUGGAAGGUUGGUAAACUAGAAAUGUCAAUUAUAAACUGUCAAUAAAUCAAUGUAAAGGUUUUUUUCAACCCAGAGACCAUUUGUGGGUAUAGUUAGGAUUUUAUUUAAAAGUAAUAAGGAUUUCAAAUGGAUAUUAAUGUUUAAUAUUCAAAGCAUAUAAGAUAUAAUGUGAAAUUUAACCAUAAUAUUUUAUAUAAAUAUGAAUCAUUUUUCUCUUUUCUAAGUCCAGUCUCUCAUUCUUAAUUCACUUUGUUGCAGGUACACAGCAUGUAUCUAAGUAUAAAGCAUUGUUAUAUUAGAAGUGAUUGGAACUCUUAAAGUCUUUGCUCUUUAGAUUUAUACCCUAUUUAAUAUGAAAAUGUAUUUAUAAUCCUAUUUAAUAAAAAGUUAAUAUUCAGUUACAUAUAUGAUUUUUAGUUAGAAUAGCUAACUGUUCUAAGAAUUGAAAGUAUUUGAUGUCAGCAUUUUAGAGGCAGGCUGCAAAAUCUGAUUAUGUUACUCCUAAGACACAGCUCUUAGUUACUUCAACCCCAGAUUUCUCUUAGUCUGUGUGUACUUAAAGGGUAUAAGUCUAAAUUUAUAAUGUAGUAUUAUAUUAUAUUAUAGGUAAUGAUUCUUUUCAUUUGUUAUUUCUGGGUUUUAUGGAAACUGUUUUCAAGAUAUUAAGUAAUCUUUUCAUUAAUGGCAGUAGUUUUUUAUUAUUAAAUAUUUUACCAGUUGAACUAUAUUCCUUUGGAGACAUUCUAUUCCUUUUUGAUGUUGAGUUGUUAAGGAGAAAUGCUUGUUAAGAAACAAACUCUAGUCAGUUACCUACAAGGAUGAGAGAUGUUAGAGCAUUCAGACUUUGGCACUUGAUCAAGAACAAAGCAUAGUUAAAAAUAUUUCUCUCACUUCAUUUUAUGUGAAUGUCUCUUUCUGGUACUGGGUUUUUGUGGGGGUUUGUUUUGUUUUGUUUUCUGUUUUUUUCUUUCUUUUUUUUUUUUAAUGAGGACAGAAAGUUACAGUACAUCCUCCCCACAAACAAAAAACAAAAUUAAAAAGCAUGAAGGAAGGUUUAAGUCCCUAAUUGUAUACUCUUUUGGUUUUUAGGUAGAAACUGGAACUAUCAAUAUUUUCAUGUUAUUUUGGAGGUAUUUUAAAGGAGUCAGCGUUUGACGGUCUUGGAGAUCUUAUCAAAAUCUGGUCACCUUGGAAACAGCAUAAUUUUCUGAGGCCUUUUCAGCCUCCAGCACAGGGUC